AUGAAGAUCCGAACCACACACUCGCCUUUGGUCCUUCUCCUUCUCCCUGCUGUAGCAAAUGCGCUCGCUUCUAAUGAUAUCGCCGACCUACCUGCCCCAGGAGCCGCGAUUACAGAACAGACCGAUGGCCUGCCCCAGGCUGGCGUUAAGCGUCAUGAUGUUCCAACGAAAUAUGCCCCUGUAGAUGGCAGAGACGGAAAGCCUCACCACGGACCCUUUAUCGAGAUAGAUGAUCACAAGAAGACCCCUGAAGUGGCCCUUGAAGCUGGUUCCGACACUGCAGCAGGAUCUGGCUUGGGGGCCGGAGCCGGAGCCGCAGCUGGAGCUGGAACGGGUGCAUCAGCAGGUGCUGGAGCUGGCACAGAACCCAAAACUGGAACCGAAGCUGCUCCCAAAAUCGACAGCAACCCGGAUUCCCUUCCUGGACUCAAAGGCCGACCCGAGGACCCGACUGUCGUAGAUGGCGAAAAGAUCCCCGAAACCAAUGAUGGUGUCAUGUUCGACACUAACCGAGUCCACGCCCAAGAAGGCACCACUGGAACUGAAGGCGGUGUGACUGAGAGGUCCCGAGCCCGAAAACUUGAAGAGGAAAACGCUGGCGAGGAGACCUUCAGAAAACCCUCAUCACCUAAGGAGGCGCCUCCUCUGCCACACAGUGAAGAGGAAAAGAUUCGUGCUUCUGGUGGGGACAAGGCCAAGGAGCUUAGCGAUGACACUGGCAGUGCAAAGGUAGAAGACGUUGUGCCCAAAGCUGCGAAGCCCGUUAUCAGCAAUGACGAUAGGCAUGAUUACACUGCGGGACUGGAGAAACCUGCCGAUCUUCCCGACCGACCCGUUGGACAGAAUAAACCCGUUUCAGAAGCAACAAAGACUGAGCCCAUCGAUUUGAGCCGAGGGAAGACACACGAUGGACGCCAUGACGACGAGAGUAUUAUCCAGCCAUUCCACUCCUUUGUGCUAUCCUUCACCAUGAUUUUGGUCUCUGAAGUUGGCGACAAGACGUUCUUGGUUGCAGCUCUCAUGGCUAUGAAGCACGACCGUAUGGUUGUGUUCACUGCUGCUUUUGGUGCUCUUCUUGUCAUGACUGUACUUUCGGCUGUUCUGGGCCAUGCUGUUCCUACUCUCAUCCCUAAGCGUGUCACUAGUUUCCUCGCUGCUGGCCUCUUCUUCGUUUUCGGUGCGAAGCUCCUGCGAGAGGGUAUGCAGAUGGAUCCUAACGAGGGCGUCUCUGCAGAGAUGCACGAGGUUGAACAAGAGCUUGCCGAAAAGGAAAAGGAGAUGGGCCGAAAGCGAGGCGACUCUGUGUCUGCUUACACUCUUGAGAUGGGUAUGAAUGGCAACGGCCGCAGGUCUCGACCCAGCAACCGUCUGAUGUCUCCUCCUCGAUCGCCUUCUCAGUCGCCUGUGCGAGAUGCUCGCUCGGGCUCAGGCGCUGUUGCCAGCAUUGUUCAGGGCGCUACCAACCUAUGCUCUCUGCUGCUUAGCCCUGCCUGGGUUCAGACCUUCAUCAUGACCUUCCUCGGCGAGUGGGGUGAUCGAAGUCAAAUCGCUACUAUUGCUAUGGCAGCCGGUCAGGAUUACUGGUGGGUGACCUUGGGUGCUACGUGCGGCCAUGCCAUCUGCACUGGUGUUGCUGUUAUUGGUGGUCGAGCUAUUGCCGGUCGAGUCAGCCUGAAAGUUGUCACUGUGGGUGGUGCCACUGCUUUCCUCAUCUUUGGCGUCAUUUACCUCCUGGAGUCUCUCUACAGCUAG